AUGGAUAGGUUUGUUAAAAAGAAACCUCAAGUGUCCUCCGAUAAUCAGUCAGCUGAUGUUGAUUUUUCAACCCUUGCACUUGCUAUUGUUCUUUACAUUGAUCCUAGAGCGCAUCAGACUGAGACAGAAAAUAAUGUUGAGCCUGAUAUAUGUCAUCCAAGAUACUGGGGCUCUCUUGAUAAGAAGCAAAUUGACAUUUUAGCAGAAAAGGAUCCAAUAAGAGACUUAUCAAUUAAGAAAGGUCCCAAAGACGGAUAUUCUAGAAGGUUUUCUGUGAUAUUCUAUACUAGAUUUAUGUCAAAUGGUGAGGAAUAUGAUAGGGAUUGGCUUGUCUACUCCAAAGAUAGAUUAAAAGAGCAUGAGACCAGUGCAUAUCAUGUUUUGAAUAUGAGCAAUUGGUAUGAGUUGCGUAGUAGAUUGGGAAAGCAUCAGACUAUUGAUAAAGCUGCUCAACGACAACUUGAGAAAGAAAAGGAUCACUGGAGAAAGGUAUUAUUUAGAAUUGUGUGCAUUGUGAAAUUUCUUGCCAAGCAUAAUCUAGCCUUUCGUGGUAGUAGCAACAAGCUGUAUGAAGAUAGUAAUGGUAAUUUCUUGGGUUUGGUAGAGAUGUUGGCUGAAUUUGACCCUGUUAUACAGGAGCAUGUUCGUCGUAUUACAAAUGAAGAAACACAUGCCCAUUAUCUGGAUUAUAAGAUUCCGAAUGAGUUGCUACACUUGCUUGCUUUUUCUAUUAGGUCUGAAAUUAUUAAGAAAAUAAAGCGUGCAAAUUAUUUCGCUGUCAUACUUGAUUGUACCCCUGAUGCAAGUCACCGAGAACAAAUGUCUUUAAUUAUAAGAUAUGUGGAUUUAUCUUCAAGUCAUGCUUGCAUAGAAGAAUCCUUUCUAGGAUUUCUAGAUGUAAAUGAUACAAGGGGGCAAGGACAUUUUGAUGUGCUAGAGAAUCAACUAAAGCUUCUUGAUCUUGACAUAAAUGAUGUGCGAGGACAAGGAUAUGAUAAUGGAUCAAACAUGAAAGGAAAGCAUCAAGGGGUACAAAGAAAACUUUUGGAUGUGAAUUAUAGAGCUUUCUAUUCUGCUUGUGGUUGCCAUAGCUUUAAUUUAACACUCUGUGACAUGGCCAAGACUCGUGGUAGAGCUAAAGACUUCUUUGGAAUCAUCCAACGCAUCUAUACAACCUUUGCUAAUUUUACUAAGAAGUGACAUAUUCUGAAAGAAAACAUAUCAUAAUGGACACUCAAGUCAGUGCCAGCUACGCGUUGGGAGUGUCGUGUUAAAAGUGUUAAAUCUAUCAGAUUCCAAUGUGUUGACAUUCGAGAGGCUCUACUAAAGGUAUCUGAAACUGAUAAGGAUCCAAUGACAAGCAGUCAGGCAUUAGGUUUGGCAAAAAAUGAACUUGGGGACUAUGAAUUUAUAGUGGCGAUAGUUAUUUGGUAUGAGGUAUUGUCUGUUGUUAAUUUAGUAAGCAAAACCUUGGCUGAUGACUUUUUUCGAGGGGUAUGGGAAACUGGUUUCUUAAAAGCAUUGGAGAUAGCAAAGGGAAUUGCAUGUGAGUUGGACAUUGCUGCAAAAUUUUCUGAAAGGCGAGAAAUUAAAAGAAAGAAACAGUUUGAUGAGAACCCAGAUGAGACAAUUGUUGCCACACAGUCUGCAGAGAAAUUAUUUCGAAUCAAUUAUUUUAUACCUCUUGUUGAUCAAGCAAUUUCAUCACUGAAAACCAGGUUUGAUCAAUAUGAGGGUUAUCAGAAAUUUUUUGGUUUCUUGUUUACCUCUGAAAAAAUUGAGUCAUUGGAUAAUGAUAGCUUGAAAUGUUCUUGUGCUAAUCUUGAGGCUGCCCUUACGGAUAAAAAAGCUGACAACCACACCAAUGAAGAUAGAAAAUCUGACAUUGAUGCCUGUUACGCAGAAGCACUAGAAGCUAAGAGGAUAGAGAUGCUGGCCACAGCCCAAAAAUUCACUCAAACCGCAGCCGCAAUGAUUGACGAGAGGAAGGAGGCCGCGAAUUUCGUGGAAAACUUUCUCAAGCGCGAGCAGGAGGUGGACGAAUCACUGGUGAAAGUCAAGCAACUCCGGAAGCAUUGGGAGGACAAGAUCACUGAGGCUCAAUAG